AUGUGGAGUGGUGUUGAGUGUGAUGAGAUGACUGGCCAUGUGAUAGGCCUUGACCUCGGCAACAGCUUUCUCUAUGGCUCUAUUGACUCAAACAGCACCCUCUUCGACCUGCUUCACCUCCAGAGACUUAAUCUUUCGAACAACCAUUUCAAUUACUCUCGAAUACCCACUGCCAUCGGCCGACUUUCUAUGCUCACCUAUCUCAACCUAGCAUCAUCUAAAUUCAUCGGCCAAAUUCCCUCACAACUUUCACAACUGUCCAAAUUGUCCAAUCUUUAUUUGUGCAACAAUCCAUUGCAACUCAAGAAGCCUGAUUUGGAGAGCUUGAUUUCGAACUUCACAUUCCUUGAGGUGCUUUGUCUCAGCCAAGUUGACAUAUCUUCCACAGUGCCUAAAUCGUUGGCAAAUUUCUCUUCCUUGACACACCUAGGAUUGAGGGAUUGCAAACUUAAAGGUGAAUUUCCUAUCAUUAUAUUUCAGCUGCCCAACUUACAAUUACUCACUGUGCGGUUUAACAAAGAUCUCAGUGGAAGAUUGCCUCCAGUACUUAACCAGAACAAUUCUCUCAAGUCAUUGUUGUUGUCAGGCACUAGCUUCUAUGGGGAAAUUCCUUUUGAAAAAUUGGCUUCUUUGAGAGAGUUGGACGCGCAUAACUGCAACUUUUCAGGAGUAAUUCCAUCUCUCAUAGGUAAGCUGAACCAACUCACUUCUCUAGACCUUUCUGAAAAUAACUUUGUUGGAGAAAUCCCUUCUUCCUUAGGAAACCUAACUCAACUCACCAUGUUAAGUUUGUUCUCAAAUCAUUUUAGUGGUCCAAUUCCUUUGUCAUUCUCGAAACUCAUAAAUUUGGAAACCCUUAACCUACAUAAUAAUGAUUUGAGAGACAGUGUUGAUUUUGACAUAUUUGUUGGCCUAAAAAACCUAUCUUUCCUAGAUCUGCAAGAGAACUACAACCUCUCAGUGAUUGUGGUCAAUCCUGGUAUAAAUGAAACUUUUCCACAAUUCAAAGUACUAGGAUUGUCAAACUGUAAUUUAAAAAAAAUUCCUGGCUUUCUUAGGCAUCAAAAAAGAAUGGAGGCAUUAUUUCUUAGUAAAAACCAUAUUGGUGGUCCCAUACCAGAGUGGUUGUUCAGUAUAAGCAAAGAAACAUUAAACUCAUUAUCCUUAUAUAAAAACUCUUUGAUAGGGGAGCUUUCACAUAGAAUAUGCAACUUUAGUUCUCUUGAAUUCCUUGACAUUUCCCAUAAUAAGUUGGUUGGUAAGCUUCCUCGUUGUUUGGGUAACUUCAGUAAGUCAAUGUUGAGGUUACAUCUUCGCGGCAACUAUUUUUCUGGCAACAUUCCCAACUUUAUGAAGGGAAACCAAUUGGAAUUGAUUGAUUUAGGUUAUAAUCGAUUCGAAGGGAAUCUAUCAAAAUCGCUUUCAAAUUGUAAAAUGCUUGGAUACCUCAAUGUGGAAAGCAAUAAGCUCAAUGAUGUUUUUCCCUAUUGGUUGGGCACUCUUCCAGAGUUGGAAAUUCUUGUGCUGCGAGCUAAUUGA